CCCGGGAGUGGCUGCAGCUUUGGGGGUCUGGAAAGAAAUUCACAGCUUUUUUUUAGGGGGGAAUAUCUGGGCCAGCCUCAGGCACAUUUGGUCUCCUUUUAACGUGGUGGAUCUGCUGCCGUAGGACACACCUGCCGCAGUGACCCUCAUUUGCUGGAGCCGCUGAGGAGAUCUGAACUGGGAUUUGGCAAAGAGAGUGAGAAAGAUGGCUGCCGAGCAGGCCGCUCAUAACCUCCAGGAUAAGAGUAUCAGGGAAUUCUUGCGCAGGAUCCCGGGAGAAGAGAUUAAACAGGAGCCGAGAGAGGAGCUUCUGAAGCAGUGGGAAGACCAGUGGCAGGAGUUCCUGAAGAGAGUGGAGUCCCCUCACUCUGGAGCGGGAGCCCCGCAGAAGUCGGAGGAGACCUCACCCUGGGACGAUGCCAAGGCCUUUCUGGCCUCCUUUGAGCAAGUGGCCGAAGCUUGCCGGUGGCCCAAGGAAGAGUGGGUGACCCGGCUCCUUCCAGCCCUCAGCGGAGAAGCCGAGCUGGCCUUCAACAGGCUGGAAGGCAGAGACAGGAAGGAUUAUGGGAAGGCAAAGGCAGCCAUCUUGCUAGGGGAUGCCAUCAGCCGGGAGAAGCAACGCCAGCAUUUCCGGCAUUUCCGCUACCAGGAGGCAGAGGGCCCGAGAGGGGUUUAUAACCGACUCCAGGAGCUCUGCCGUCAGUGGCUGAAGGUCGAGCGGCACUCGAAGGAGCAGAUCUUGGAGCUGUUGAUCCUGGAGCAGUUCCUGACAGUCUUACCUUCAGAAAUCCAAGUCUGGGUGAGGGAACGUGGCCCGGGGAACUGUGCCCAGGCAGUGGCCUUGGCCGAGGAUUUCUUAUGGAUGCAAAAGGAGUCUCUGAGGUGGGAGCAGCAGGCGCUGACCACAGGGGUGCCAUCGGCCUGGGUGGCUGCCCCUGCUUCCGAGGCAGAGAAGGCUUUGUCUGAUGCUGGAAAGAGGCCCCUGUGCAUAGAGCCCAAGCAGGAGGUGGACAGAGAAGCUGUGGCCAUACUGGUAGAGGAUGUUCGAGGGAGUGAUAAUGGAGGGGAACUGCUUGGGAUCCCAUCUGCAGAAGUUGUGCUUCAAAGAGUGGAAGAGAAUUUUGGGAGUCAGAAUGGUCGCAAGAGGAGGGCAAGGAACCACCAGACCGAGAAAUGGAGGAAAAAAACUGUUCCUUGUCAAGGUGGCGGGUUCCACGAGUCAUCAGUUCCUGAAGAAAAGCAAAAGGAAAAGUAUAAGUGCAACGUGUGUGCAAAAAUCUUCAGUUACAAGUCAAGCCUUAAAAUACAUCUGAGAAUCCACACGGGGGAGAAGCCGUACAAAUGCUCAGAGUGCGGGAAGAGCUUCAGUCGGAGUGACCUCCUUGCUUCACACCAAAGAAUCCACACCGGGGAGAAACCGUAUAGUUGCUCACAUUGCGGAAAGAGCUUCUGCGACCUCUCGACUCUUAUUAAGCAUCGGAGAAUUCACACAGGGGAGAAACCUUAUGAAUGUCUGGAGUGUGGAAAAUGCUUCAGUCAGAAGGCAAUCCUGACUUCGCAUCAACGGAUCCACACCGGGGAGAAGCCUCAUAAAUGCAUGGAGUGUGGAAACAGCUUCAGUCGGAACACAUACUUGACUUCCCACCAAAGGAUCCACACAGGGGAGAGGCUGUAUAAAACCGUAAACUGUAGCCAGGGCUUUUCUGAGCAACCGAGCCUUUCCCACCCCCAGAGGAUUCGUGUAGGGUGCUCGGACUAUGGCGAGAGCCUCGGUCAGCACCCAGUGUGCAUGACUCAUCAGAACCUGUUCGCACUGAAUGAUGCGAUUGGUGUUUAUGAAUCCGAAGAAAAACCUCAUUUGGAGGCAGCUGCUUAUGGGACUUCAAAGCCUUCUGCGAAUUAGCUGCUCGUCUUGUGGCCGGCAGCAAAUAAACUUUGCCUCCCGGUGGCUGGGCAGUUUUCUUUUCCUGUGGAGAUACAAUUCCCCCAUGCACAACUGCUCUCGCUGUGGAAGGAGGCGUUGUAAAUGCUGGAGCAGUCUCCGUUCGGUGAUGAUGUAAGGAGGGGAGAAGGCCUGUGAGCUUCCAUUGGGCAAACAGCUAGUUGUGUCGAGUUUGACGGGCAAAGGAUGAGGACGGAGUGGCAGUUUGCUUUCCUUUCUCCAGCCCCAUGGUAUCCCCACCUCACAAAACCUCACCACUCCUACUCCCCAAGGAAGUGGCUGGAUCCACCACACCCUUGAUUUCUCUGCCGGGGCAGAGAAAUCAAUCAAGAAUGGGAUAGUUUUGGAAAAGACAGGGCAAAGAGUUGAAAAUAAGAUAAUUACACACCUACCCCUUCCCCCAGCUGUGUUCUGCUUUGGGAGAGGCAGAGGUAAUGCCCUCCUUUUCCUCCUUCCUGGCUCUUGAGCUGCCUUCUCUGCAAGCUCGGCCGUGCAAGAGGAUGCCUUGAUUGUUUUUUUUUUGUGGUCCCUUUCGGUGGUGAUACAGUCAGUUUUGCCUGUGUUGCAGAUAGCACUUGAAUUUCACCUGAAGGGCAGCUGUCCAUUCCAAGAGGAGGAAAUGAAGGCGUUCACAUGGGGUCACUGGUGGAGUAGAGGGCCACAGUGCCCCCCCCCCAUUGCAGCCCUUAAAUGUUCUCCUUGCUUUGGCCCACUUUGGAUUCUUUCUCCUAGUCAUACUCCAAAGGAUCAGAGCGUGACUCGUAGAGAGAGUUAGAUGGCUUCACAUGUUUGCUUUGCUUGGUAAGAUGCUUUUAUUUUGAUUUUUUUUUUUUGCUGUCAUUUGUAGUUGUUUUAAGAGGGAGCAGAAUUUUUUUAAUGCAACUUUGACAAAGCGUACGAUUCCACCACUGGUCACCUUUCAUCCUCUCAAAAACAAAGGGUUUAAAACAAUAAAGUAAUACGAGGUUUUUACAAAA